AUUUGUUAUUAUCAUAGUUGGAGUGUUUAAUUUCAAAAAAGUGAUACUGUGUAAAUAGUGUAAACUGUUUUCAUUAAUUAUACCUUUAAUAUACCAGACUUAUAUUCAGAUUUUGAUAUGAAGUGGUUCAAUUUAAUUACUGUAACAAGUUCAAUUUGAUUACUGUAACAAGAGCGUCACUUAUGAAGAUGGAAUGUUGCUGAAAAGAAUUUGAUUGACAAUCGGACUAAUGUCUGAUGGGUAGUAUAAUUAUUUAUAUACUAGUACUUCUCUGAUGACAAUGAGAGUAUGGAUGAACAUGCCGAUGUAACAUACAUGUGUGCUUAUUCUCGCUGGUUUCCCGACAAAAACAUUCACGGUAUGGUUCGUCAAUUUAGAAUGGGAAGUUCAGUAAUUCCAAAACUUGGCAUUUAUCCUUGUAUGCUAGGUGUAGUUGGACCUUUUGUUAAAAUGAAUGAAAGAUGUUACUUCGUCACAGCCAGUCAUGUCGUCUGUCAAAGACUAAACUAUCAGAACAUCGUCAAUGAUGCCAACGUUUUGCAGCUAUAUAGGUCAGGGUCAAGGCUUGAAGGUCGUUCUAUCGGUAACGUAGAAACAAAAGGUACAAGCGAUAAACCCACGAUGGUAGCUUUAAUACAGAUCAAUCAAAGUAUCAUGGAAGAGGUAGACAGUUAUAUGAAAGGAGGGAGGUUUAUUUUUGCAGGGAUAAGCCCUAUAAAUUUUCCAUACUACGAUAACAGGAAUUCCUGGGAGGAAACACAAGUAUAUGUUUUUGGGAAUCAAACACGAACAGCAAAAGCUAAAAUCAUGCUAGAUAAAAAGCGGGGUCUUAUUCGUCUUAGAACGCCUGAAUAUGGACUUAUAAAACAGGAAGAAGGUGGGGCGGCUGUUUUCAUAGCAGACGAAGAUGAUAUGUUACACUGCGUCGGGAUGUAUGUAUGUCAUUUUGAGGAUGAUAACCGACACUUCCUUCUUGUUUCUAUAGAGACGAUUUUAGAAACAUUCGGGGCAGGACUGCAACAGACCCUUGAAAUUGUUAGCUUUGUCAGUGCAGAAAAGGAUUCAUUUAGCACGACAUCUUUAGAUGAAUAUCGUGCAGAAACAAAUGCCGAUGACUACGCAAGAUCUUGGCUAGAAUCAAACGACACGGACCCAGAAUCAUCUAAAUCAUCUUGCGAAGAUACUUUACCAGUUUAAAAGAAACAAAACUGCAUUAGAAAAUAUCACUAUCGACGAGCUCUUAAAAAUACAAAAUAGAGUGAGGAAAAUCAAUAUGUGUUAUACUUAACUAAGAUUUUAUUUGCCAUAUAUAAAUACUGAAUAUGUAUACAUGUAUGUAAUUACUGUGAUGUGCAAAAUUGUGUUGUAUAUUUUAUAGACCUAUCUUCCAUGUCAAAGCUAUUUAUAUGUACAACAUUUAGGCUAUCUGAACUGCCAAUAGAGAUUUCACAUCUGUUCUAUA